AUGUUAAAAAAACAACACAAAAUAAUUUUAAAUAUAAUAUUUUUUAUAUUAUGUUUAACCAUUGUUUCAUCGGCAAUAACAAAUAAAAAUAAUAAAUUUAAUUUAAAUAGUGACAGUGGUAAUAGCGGUAGCAGCAGCGGCAGCGGGGGUAUUUAUAAAUAUGUAAUGUCAACUAUUACAACCGAUCAGCUAAGUAAUGUUUGUCCAAAUGAAAACCAAGUAGAUUAUUAUGCUGUAUCUCAAUGUGUUGAUGGAUUCAAAUAUGACUGCAAUUACGAAAAUCAAACUGUAGAAAUAUCGAUAUUUGAAGAUUUCGAUUGUAAAAUAUUUGGAAAAACCCAAUCAGUUCCAUUUGGUUGCACCGAUAUGUAUAACUCCACCUACUAUUAUACUUGUGUCGAAGAUAUUUCACCAAUGACAAAUAGCUAUUCAGUAUCCUCAUUUAAUGAUCGUGGUUGUGACCAAUCUGAAUUAUAUCAUCAAAAAUUCUUUAAACUAGAUAAUUGUAAUAACGAUGUUUCUCCAAUUUUAAUUGGGUCAUGUAAUUCAACUUUCUUUUCCUAUACAUUCUAUAAUGACACAUUAUGUCAAGAUCCACUUUAUUCCCUAUACGAUCCAUUAAACACUUGUUCAAACAAUGAAGUGUUUAAUCAAUCUUAUUAUUCCCAAUGUAUUAUUUAA